AAUAUGUCUAUUAUCUAAACUAAUAUGGCUAAAGCCUAUAAAUAAUUAAUAUACACCAAACAAAGUAAAUCAACGAAAAUAAAAUUGGAGACACGAUUUAAUAAUCACAAAUAAUGCCUGAUAUCAAAGUAACGCCUCUUGGCGCAGGCCAAGAUGUGGGCAGGAGUUGUAUUCUGGUUACCAUGGGAGGUAAAAAUAUAAUGCUGGACUGCGGUAUGCAUAUGGGAUUCAACGACGAGAGAAGGUUCCCGGACUUCUCAUACAUAGUGCCUGAAGGACCAGCCACUAACUACAUAGACUGUGUCAUCAUCUCGCACUUUCACCUGGAUCACUGUGGGGCGCUACCCUAUUUCACAGAAAUGGUGGGCUACACAGGUCCGAUUUACAUGACUCACCCGACCAAGGCGAUCGCCCCAAUUCUCUUAGAGGAUAUGCGCAAGGUAGCAGUGGAGCGAAAGGGUGAGAGCAACUUCUUCACCUCCCAAAUGAUCAAGGACUGCAUGAAGAAGGUAGUCGCUGUUACGCUGCACCAGUCAGUCAUGGUUGACCCUGAACUGGAGAUAAAGGCUUACUAUGCAGGGCAUGUGCUGGGCGCUGCGAUGUUCUGGGUUCGAGUAGGUUCGCAGUCCAUUGUCUACACUGGCGACUACAACAUGACUCCGGAUCGGCAUCUAGGAGCCGCCUGGAUCGACAAAUGCAGGCCAGAUCUGCUUAUAUCGGAAUCAACGUAUGCCACCACCAUCCGAGAUUCGAAACGAUGCAGAGAAAGAGACUUCUUGAAAAAGGUGCACGAGUGCAUAGACAGAGGCGGCAAGGUUUUAAUACCAGUAUUUGCUCUUGGUCGCGCCCAGGAGCUCUGCAUACUAUUAGAAACUUACUGGGAGAGGAUGAACUUGAAGGUGCCUGUGUACUUCGCCCUUGGUCUGACGGAGAAGGCCAACAAUUACUACAAGAUGUUCAUUACAUGGACCAACCAGAAGAUAAAAAAGACGUUUGUUCAGAGGAACAUGUUCGAUUUCAAGCACAUAAAGCCCUUUGACAAGUCCUACAUCGAUAAUCCUGGCGCCAUGGUGGUCUUCGCUACUCCUGGGAUGCUGCAUGCUGGACUGUCGUUGCAGAUUUUCAAAAAGUGGGCACCCAACGAAGCCAAUAUGGUCAUCAUGCCGGGGUUCUGCGUCCAGGGAACUGUCGGCCACAAAGUUCUAAAUGGCACUAAACGCAUCGAGUUUGAAAACCGGCAGAUCGUCGAGGUCAAAAUGGCUGUGGAAUAUAUGUCAUUCUCAGCUCACGCUGAUGCGAAAGGCAUCAUGCAGCUGAUUCAAUAUUGCGAACCUAAGAACGUAAUGCUCGUUCAUGGUGAGGCUGCAAAAAUGGAAUUUCUGAAGGAGAAAAUUAGGCAGGAGUUUGGUACCAGCUGCUACAAUCCAGCCAAUGGAGAAACGUGCGUUAUUUACACUACUGCCAAAGUUCCUGUCGAUGCCUCGCUAGCUCUUCUGAAAGCUGAGGCAAAGAGAUACUCUGCUCUGCCUCCAGAUCCAAAAAGAAGAAGGCUCCUACAUAGCGUGUUAAUGCUGAGGGAAGACGGCGUUUGUCUAGUUGAUGCUGACGAGGUUGCCAGGGCAGCAGGAAUCACAAGGCAUGUAGUAAGAUUCACGUCUACAGUACAAAUAAGGGAUCCAGGUCCUGCCCACGCGACAGCGCUCAAGCUUUUGCAACCAUUAACGGAAAGAUUAGUAGGAUGGACGGUACAACUCACUGAUGGUGCGAUAUCAGUAGAAUCAGUAUUGGUUAAAGUCGAAGGAGGUGAAGAUGAAUCCAAGAGCGUGUAUGUUUCGUGGACGAAUCAAGACGAAGAUUUGGGAAGCUAUAUUCUGGGCUUCUUGCAAACAAUGCUCAACUGAAAUCUUUCAAUCAAAUUUCUAUGAAAGAUUUUUAUACACAGGAUUUUGUAUAAAACUUGUGCGUGUGCACAAACAUAUAGAUAUAUAGGAUUAUUGACUGAUUGGUACUUGUAAAAAUUCAUUGCAGAGAUACGUCAACCAAUCACCCCAAAUUCGUCUUCAAUAAAAUUCAUUGAUUUAUAA